CCAGCGCAGCCUUCGUCCAGCAGCCAGGAAAAUGAAAGGCAAUUUUUGCCUCUUUUUUGCAUCCACCUGUUCUGUCUUUUGGUUGCAUCUUCAGGGAGGAGCAUGUUCAGAGGGCGAACACAAGCUCUUCUCCGUCAUCUUCUCCAAGUACAACCAGUUUAUUCGACCGGUGGAGAACGUGUCUGAGCCAGUCAUUGUGCAGUUUGAGGUCUCUAUGUCGCAGCUGGUCAAAGUGGAUGAAGUCAACCAGAUCAUGGAGACAAACCUCUGGCUAAGACACAUCUGGAAUGACUACAAACUCAAAUGGAAUCCAAGAGAUUUCGGUGGUGUCGAGUUCAUACGUGUGCCGUCCAACCGGAUAUGGAAGCCUGAUAUCGUGCUCUACAAUAAUGCAGUCGGUGACUUCCAGGUGGAUGACAAGACGAAAGCUCUGCUCCGGUACAACGGCGAGGUCACAUGGAUCCCUCCCGCUAUCUUCAAGAGCUCGUGCAAGAUCGACGUCACCUACUUCCCCUUCGACUACCAGAACUGCACCAUGAAGUUUGGCUCGUGGACUUACGACAAGGCCAAGAUCGACCUGGUGCUGAUCGGCUCCACCAUCAACCUCAAGGACUUCUGGGAGAGCGGCGAGUGGAUGAUCAUCGACGCCCCCGGCUACAAGCACGACAUCAAGUACAACUGCUGCGAGGAGAUCUACACGGACAUCACCUACUCGCUUUACAUCCGCCGUCUGCCGCUCUUCUACACCGUCAACAUGAUCAUCCCAUGCCUGCUCAUCUCCUUCCUCACCGUGCUCGUCUUCUACCUGCCGUCCGACUGCGGCGAGAAGGUUACACUUUGCAUCUCUGUGCUGCUCUCCCUCACCGUCUUCCUCCUGGUCAUCACCGAGACCAUCCCCUCCACAUCGCUGGUCAUUCCGCUGAUCGGCGAGUAUCUCCUUUUUACCAUGAUUUUCGUCACCCUUUCCAUCGUCAUCACCGUCUUCGUGCUGAACGUCCACUACCGCACGCCCAAAACGCACACCAUGCCGCGGUGGGUGCGGGGCGUCUUCCUGGGCCUGCUUCCCAAAGUCAUGUUCAUGACCCGACCGGAGAGAGACCCGGAGAAGACGAACAAGAGCGUCCAGAUGAUCCGCCCCAGACCGUGCGGCGCUCACAACUCGGGGUCCCAACACAAAACACAGGUUCUGCCCUCCGGCGUGGUGUCCAGCUUGAUUAACCGGCAGAAGCCCCCGAAUGACACGGAGCUUUCCGAUCUCCACAACUUGAACGCAAACGAGCUAGCCAAAAGCGCCGGGUCGGGCUCGUUGUGCUGCGAGGAACGCUGCUGGCACCAGAGGUCCGGGAAGCUGCCAACAGACUCUGGAGGAGGCAGCGGCUUGAGCUGCCUAGGGGUCCUUAGCGGAGGCUCCAGCUCGGAGUCUUUGGAUGCGGGAGUAUUGACCCUUCUGCCGUUCUCCCCCGAGAUCAGGGAGGCUAUUGAGAGCGUCAAGUAUAUCGCAGAGAACAUGAAAAUGCAGAAUGAGGCCAAGGAGGUUCAGGAUGAUUGGAAAUACGUCGCCAUGGUGAUCGACCGCAUCUUCCUGUGGGUUUUUGUCCUGGUGUGCAUCUUGGGGACCGCCGGGCUUUUCCUCCAGCCUCUUCUACUCGGGGAUGACAUAUGAAUACAUAUUAUGCUAUUAUCAUUUUUUUUAAGAAUUCAGACUAUCAAAAUGCACAGCCUUUUUAGGAUAUUUUAAAAGACAGAACACAAACGUACCGACGUCAGAUGAAAACCGUAUGGCCUUGAAAUUGGUCUUCAGAGCAUGAAACAAGAAAUGGGUGGCAACCUGAACACAUUAUGAUCAAAGAGCGACAUCAUAUGUUUAAUUGAGGUACUGCAACAAAUUGCCUGCAGCGCUGAAAGAUUUUAUUGUGGCAUUUUGUGCAAACUCUUAUGCCUUUAUAUAUCGCCAUAAAAUCCCCAGUAAAUACAGUUUUUUUUUUUAAAUGUCCGAUCUUAUUUUGCACAUUAUUUGGCUUGCUCCCCUUUAAAAAAAUUGUACAGGGAGCAAAAAGGAGAUGUCCAAAUUGUAGUAAACAUACCAGGGCAGCUGGUACGACUCGGUCCUCAGGUGAGCUGUACCCUUUUGCUUCGUGGCAAACUCUAUCCAGAAGAGGCAGCUGUCAAAUGACAGAAUGGGCUGAUUGUUCACAAACGUCCCUAGAGCGACAUGAGGAUGACUCUGUGUCCUCCAGAACUCAGGACAAACUCUUCCAGGUGGUCAUAUAGAGGCUUGGGCAGGUUUACACUGGAGGUCUCUCAUGAAGUUGGGCUUGUGGGGCAUGGAAACAAAUCUGCAUGAGGUUUGUCGCUCACAACACAUAGGGUGCUAGAAAGAAAUGUGAGUUUCCAUGCACGGCCAUCUUUACCCUGAAGAAGUAAACAACAGGAGCUCAGUCAAGUGUGCGACAUGUUUCACUUUUAUUUACAAGAAUCACAUUCUUAACAUAACUAGCUAUACUACUGUAACCUUCAAGUGUGAAUUACUAAGUGGAUACAUGCACUUUUUGUCUCUCUUCUGGAAUGCAUCAUGCAAACGUAGCAAAAUUUCCCAUUACAGAUAAAUCCAGGAUGGCCACCCCAAUCUAAAGUGUAAUUGUCAAUUAUGUGAAAUCAACACAUUUUCCAGAAAGACAUAAGGAAAUGACUACGCACUGGAGUAUAAGUCGCACCAGCCAUAAAAUGCCCAAAAAAGUGAAAAAAAACAACAUAGAUAUGUAUAUAAGUCGCUCCUGAGUAUAAGUCGCCCCCCCCCAAACUAUGAAAAAAAACACGACUUAUAGUCCGAAAAUUACGGUACUUUGGUUUCUUGUUUUAUAUUUAAUAUUACAAAUGAUUUCAUGUGCAGAAAAUAACACUGCAGUUAACACUUUGAGUUCCACAGCAAUUUGUUUUAAUGUGUAACAAAUAAAUAAAGUUAUAAAGUUUAAAUGUAUUGUAAACAAACCAGCUGGUUUGAAAUUGGCAUUUGGUAUGAAAAGCAUAAUUGACGCAGCCAUUGUGGCUAGUGGCUGUGGAGUGGCCAUCAAAUUCUCUGACCCUCUGGCGGCUCCCCCGGUAAUUACAUGUUUUUUGAUUUCCACAUCACGUAUUUUAAAAAUAUACAGUAGUAGUUAGUAGUCCAGAAAUGUGUUGCAAAACAUAAUCAAAUCUAGAUGUGCCUCACCUUCAUGUUCCUCAACCUUCAGAGGACACCUCCAAUAUGU